CUUAACUAUCACAUGAAUUGCCUUUAGAAUGAAGUUUGCUGUUGCCUGUCUUGUUCUUUUCUGCGCUGCAACCUUUGACCUUGCUGAGGGUCAACUUGAGGUUCAGGUGAAAAGUUCUGACUUGAACCGUGCAGUUCAGGAUAGAUUCUGCUGCGGGAAUGUUUAUGUACAAUGUACUUCAGCUUGUAUAGGACAAGCUUGUGACGCAAACUGCACCGGAAGAUGCGGUUACUUGGGAUUAAUUGCAUGCGGACCAUACGCUUGCUCAGCAUUGGCACCUAGUGCUUGUACUACAACAACAACAACAACAACAACAACAACAACAACAACAACAACAACAACAACAACGACAACAACUACCACAACUACCACAACAACGACAACCGCACCAACAACAACAACAACUACCACAACAACGACAACCUUGGUAGGUUAGAUGUAUGCACAUAAUCUAUUGAAAUUAUUAAUAUAAUUGGCAAAUAAAGAUUACUAUAAAAUUU